AUGCCGACUUUUAUUCGGAACGAAACCAACAGAGGGCUCGGCCAUGCCGGGCCCAUUGAAAAAGGCCAUCUCGAUAUCGUCUCGACCGAGCAGAAUCUGCUGGUAGUCAAGAACAACUACCCAGGACGGCCGGCCAUCGUCGACGCAAAAGCCGACGGUCACGACUUUGUCUUUGACGUGCCAUCGGACAAGCUCGGCGAAUUGUUCGAUUACAUUUUCCUGCGCCGCAAAGGAGGAAGAUGCAGUGGCUUCGUCACCUUUGACACCAUUGAAAAGAAUGACGAAAACUCUACCACCGGCCAUGCCACCGGUAGAGAGACUGCUGGACACUUUGCACCACCCUCUCGGCAAGUGUCCGAUGCGUCUAUGACAGGGUCCCAGUCGGGCGGACCGCAUGGCCAUCAGAUGAUGCAUGGACCACAGGAUACUCAGAUGAUGUAUGGACCACAGGGCCCUCAGAUGAUGCAGAUGCCGAUGACAGGUCCUUUCCAUACCCCGUACCCUUUGCCGUACUACAAUCCCGCGCCGCCCUAUGGACUUGGACCCGUGAUGUGGCACCGACAAGAGGUUCAGCUCGAACCUUCCGCCUCGAGCCAAGACGCGGCUGGUCCAUCCAAGGAGCGCGUGGAAGCGCCGGCACGCUCGCCAGUCCCUGAGAGCACGAACCCGAAGCCCGACUCUGCCAAGGACAACUUGCCUGCCGAUCCGCAAAUGCCUGCAGAGACACCAUCAGGCCUACCUUCCCGCGACAUCACAAGGUCGAAACCCGACACCACCAAUAACGUCGCGAGACCCGCCGCCAAAGAGGAUCGUCAGAAAGACACUUUGUCACGAGGCCGCCCUGGACGGGCUCGCGGCCCGCCCAAGCCCCAGGAGGUCAAGGCCAAUGAGCCAAAGGUCGACAAGGAUGGUUUCCAAUUGGUGACGUCGCGCAGAGGCAAUACCCAAAGCCAGCCAGAGGCCGAGAGCUCCAAGACGGGCAGGGCCAAGGCCGAUAAGCCCAAAGCCGACAAGCCCAAGGCCGACAAGCCCAAGGCCGACAAGCUCAAGGCUGAUGACCUCGACUACAAGGCGCGAACCGACAUCGCAUGGAAAAAGUCUCCGUCGCCUGCGACACUGGCCGAGUGUCCGUUCGACGUCAAGGGUCUCAGAUACGGCGAUGAAAACUCCUUCUGCGGGAGUUGCGGAGCCAUGGGGCAUGUCCUGGUCGACUGCGUCAAAUACGGUCACUACGGCUGGAUGGGAGGGUGCCCCUAUUGCAACUCCAACAAGCACAACUUCGACGACUGCGAGUACAUGGACUUCAAGAACAAGGCGCUCCUCGUCUACAUCCUCGUCGUGCGCCGGGCGAACAAGUGCCCGAUCCGAACCAAAAAGUCUUAG